AUGGAGCCCAAUCUGCACGCCCGCGGUCUCUCCAUCGAUCUGGUGGCGCUCGUGGCGUCGUUCACUUGGGAUCUGGACUCGGCGUCGGCUGCUGGUCACCUGGAGAUUGUUGAACUGCUGCUCCACUUGCGUCGCGCCAGCCCCGUCCGCUGCAGCUUCCGUGCACUCAACGCCGCAGCGCAGAACGGAUUCCUAUUCGUUGUGCAAACCUUGCACUGGAGCGGGAUCGCCUCGUGCUCCACCUUUGCGAUGAACAUGGCAGCUGCCAACGGGCACUUGGAAAUCGUCCAGUUCCUGCAUUUUCACCGACCCGAGGGCUGCACCAGCUACGCGAUGGACGCGGCCGCUGCCAAGGGGCAUUUGGAUGUAGUCAAGUUCCUCCACUUCCAUCGCACUGAAGGUUGCACCACUGCAGCGAUGGAUCUGGCUGCGGCUCAAGGACAUUUGCAGGUGGUAGAGUUCUUGCAUCGGUAUCGCUUUGAAGGGGCCACGGUCGCUGCUAUCGAUCGAGCAGCACAAAAUGGACAUCUGACGGUAGUGAAGUUCUUCAGAGAAGUUCGACAACAAGGAUUCACCCAGUUGGCCAUUGUGUGGGCAGGUGCCAAUGGAUACAUGGACGUUAAGUGGAAGGCAUACUUCCGUAAAUACAUGCACACCGCUCCUGUGGAUGCCAACUCCAUUUCUCACUGA